ACAGAACCUGUUUGCUUACUUUUGCUUCCUCUAAGACAGUUCAUAUGUUCCGUCACAGCAGUUCCUUGAUUGUAGAUUUGCAAUAGAGAAGUACGCUGACACAUAAGUGUCACAGCACUCAACAGCUCAACACAAGCGGUGGCAACCCUACUCCAUGAUUCAUGGUCAGAGAUCUUUGUGACCGGACAUGCCUUUGAGAAGUGUCCCAUCCCAGGCAGCGUACAGCCAACCAUGGAGCAGCAGGCCUGGAUUCUGAGGAGCAUCCUGACCCAGCUGGAGAAACAGGAGAUCGUGGAUGAGGAGACAUCAGAAUCUAUACCUGGGGAGUUUGUGAGGUUGAAAUGUCAGUCCAUGAAGUAUCGCACGGACAAGAACUACCCCUCCAAGGCAGCAGAAAAACAGGAAAACAUCAAGAAGAACCGAUACAAGGACAUUGUUCCCUUUGACCACAGCAGGGUAAAGCUCAGUCUCGCCACAGCUAAAACUGACACAGACUACAUCAAUGCCAGUUUCAUUAAGGGAGUGUCAGGGUCCAGGGCAUAUAUUGCCACUCAGGGUCCACUGCCUCACACAGUAGUGGACUUCUUGAGGAUGAUUUGGGAACAUAACAUUAAGAUCAUAGUGAUGGCCUGUCGAGAAUUUGAGAUGGGAAAGAAAAAGUGUGAACUUUACUGGCCAAAGAAAGAAGAGGAGGCUUUUGUUUGUGGGCCCUUCAAAGUUCACUGUGAUUCUGAAGAAGAAAAAGAAGAUUAUCUGACAAGGACGUUAAGGGUGACUUAUCGCAACUGCAGCCGCACUUUGAAACAGCUGCACUAUGUGAACUGGCCAGAUCACGGCGUACCAAACGCCAUCCCUCCCAUUCUGGACUUGCUGCAUGAGAUGCGCUGCUAUCAGGACCAUGACGACAUCCCCAUCUGCAUCCACUGCAGUGCUGGCUGCGGGAGAACAGGAGUCCUAUGUGUCAUUGAUUAUACCUGGAACCUUCUGAGGAACCAGAUGAUUACUUCAGAUUUCAGUAUCUACAAUUUAGUUCAAGACAUGAGGACUCAGAGACCAUCUGUGGUGCAAACCAAGGAACAAUAUGUGCUCGUCUACAGAACCAUCAAGUUACUGUUUCAGAGAUAUUUGGAGUCCAUGAAUCCCCAAACCAACCAAAAUGAGGUGACUGUGGCCUCAUCUGCUCUCACUAAUGUAAUGUCUGAAAGUGAGCUCUCUGACAUGAGCGAGGAGCUUGAUUUGAUGCCGCAGCAGCAGCACCUGCUCGAUGAGGACAGGCAUGUUUUUCUACAGUACCACACUCCCCUGGCCUCCGCCUCUGAAAAUCUAAUUUCAUUGAGAGCCAAGGACAUGCAGUGGAGCCAGCAACAAUGUCCGUCACUCCAAUCCCUUCCCGUGGCUCUGACCACCAUCCCCGGCCAGAAAAAUGAGGAACCCAACAUGUCACCUCAACUAGUGGAUACCAGCCAGAGGGUCCCUGAUCUGAAGGACAACAUACAGGAGUGUCUAGACACACUGUCACCUAACCCCCUACCUGCAGAAGCAGUUUGUCUUAUGGUGGAGGACCCAUAUUUUGACACUCCUAUGAGCUCCCCUUCAUCAGAGGAGACACCCCUGGACCCAGUUGAUGACUCCAAAUGGACAAUGAGUCCCAUUUUUACCACACCAUCAUUGCUCCUGAAUGACCAGACUGUGGAGCUCAACUCUCCCGGCUCAGGUACUGAAAAAGUUCUUACUGAUGAAGAAAUGCCUCCUCCGAUUCCUGAACGAACCCCCGAAUCUUACAUACUGGCUGUGGAUGCAGAGCUCUCAGAUGCAUGUGAAAGGUUAGCAGUAAUCCAUCCACCCAAUGCUGAAACUGAGGCUGUCGAGGAGUUAGCAGGGAGCUCACCCUCACCUGUCCCCCCACUUCCAGAGAGAACCCCAGAAUCUUUUGAGUUGGCUACUGAUCCAGCUCCUGUAGAGCAGCAUCUGGAGGUCACACCAGCAGUGAAUCUAGACAUAAUAGGCAUGUCUUCAGAAUGGUUUGGAAACUCAACACCAGCAGCCACUGCAAGACAGAAUGACAAAAAGAGUAAACACACGAGAGCAGAAAUUAGAUUCUCAGUGCCAGUCAUGCAAUUUGAUUUUAAACCAAAUAUAACCUCAAACCACGACUACUACUCUCCACCUCUGGAGCCAUCAGCUCCUCCGCUCCAUCAAAGUGAGGACAGUCUGACGCGACCCCUUUCAGACAAAAUCCCAGAAUCAUUCGUCUUCACCACAAUUCGUGAGAGGAGCUCAUUGUGCCCGCAUCCUUCAGAAACAGCACAUCAGUCAUCAAGGGUAGGCAUGUCAUCUGAGUGGGACGGCACCUCUCAGUCCAAGAGCCUCCUAGAUGUUGUCAUGAGGAGAAGCAAGAGUGUCCGAGCUAAAAGCUCAAAACAAGAGCCCCUUGCUGUGUUUCAGCCGUUCGUUCCAGUUCCUGUGGUGGCAGCAGAAGGAGGAAGUGGACAAGUGGAAAGCAGCAGUGUGAACCAUGGUCCCUCUCUGAACACUGACAAAUCACGAAACAAAUCGGACAAAACCGAGAAGGUCAUGUCUAGAACAAAGAGUCUGAAAUUCUUUAAAAAACAAAAACCUAAAACUACCCCUCCACCACCUCCAUCUCAACCAGGAGGACCUCCUCAGUCACUUAAUGCUUCUUGCACAGGGUUCAAAUUUGGUUUUGGGCAUCGUUUUGGAAAGCCAAAAGGACCGAGGUCUUACCCAGAGACUUGGGUGUGAGACCGUUACACCAGGAAUGGAGCGGCUCCUCUAGCUAUAUUCGCUGCAUUGCACAUUGACGUGGACAGAAGCUGGUUUAUUACAAAGAUCUGAGACAGCAGAAUAACAAAAGUCAGCUGUCUUUGAUCUUCACUUGGUUCUGUGACAAAGGAGAGUCAGCACAGUAGCUUCCCCAGCAGGAAAUCCACAGGAAGCUCCCAUUCUUUGUACACUUUAUAAAAAAAAGGCAGGUUUCGGUAACCGAACAGUAUUUCAUAAAAAGGCAACAACUCAGACCUUUUGAACACGGCAAAGAGAAGAAACUGCUUGUCGAAGUGAGAAGUCCUGCAGUGAAGCUUUCACUUCUUGUUUUACAGCUCUAGGUAAUGCUGUUAGUGUGAGGAUAUUUAGAUAAGUUCACUUUAAUGCUCACCGCAUGAAAAGACAAAACAGAUAUAACAUUUAAUCUUGACAUAUUUUACAAGAUGUCAUGUGAUGUGCAUUUGUUUUUCUUUUUUUAAAACCACAUUUCACACAUUCAUCUGCAGUUUAAGCAUCUUUUUUAAAAGCUGGAUAGUGAUUUAUAUAAAAUGCAUAUGCACACAAUUAUUUAUUAAAUAAUAUGGAA